AUGGCGCUGCCCGCGCCGCCCCCCGCCCGCGUCUUCGCCGAGCUCGUCCCGGCCCAGGCCUCGACCCCAACCCCGGCACCAGCCCCGGCGGGACGCGGCGGCCCCCCGGCGCCGUCCGGGCGGGAGGUGCACGUGAGCGGCAGCGCGGAGCUGAGCGCCGGCCCGGACCGGGCGCGGGUGUCGUUGCGGCUGGGCAGCCGGAAGGGGGCGGCCGGGGCGGCGCGGAGCAGCGUGUCCCGCCGGCUGGAGUACAUCGCCCAGAGCGCCCGACAGCGCGGCGUCCCGGAAGAAAAUAUGACUGUAACAGAGGAUUUUAGUAGAGUAGAAAAUACUUACCAAAUGGAAGCAGAGGUCUGUAUUAUAUUCAGCGAUUUUGGAAAAAUGCAGAAUGUUUGCAAUCUACUCAUUGAAAAGUUAGGAACCUCCGUUACCAUCAGUCCACCUCAUUUCUACCAUACACCAGAAGCUGUAGACGCCCUUCGCCGUCAAGUAUGCGUUGCUGCUGUUGGAAACACACGCCGGAAAGCUCAAGAAGUCUGUCGACUGUUUGGCCAGUCAUUAGGAAAACCCCUCUUAAUAAGAGAAGAAGAAACAAAAGAAUGGGGAGGCCACAUAGACAGUCAUCUGUCAAACUCCUCAGAUUCACUGACUCUACAGGAAAGAAUCCAGAAUGCUACUGCUCAUGCUUCUUGUAGAGUGUUUGCUGUGUUUGAGAUAAAGGGAAAAGAAAACAGAAGAAGCAAGUUGCUCUAGAAACUUUCAAAUCCUACACAUUUUCAUAAUAAAUUUUUUAUG